CCACACAGCUGCGACGCAGACAAAUCGGCGGGUUUUCGGUGGCAACUCGGUCGUAAGCGCCACCACCAAGCGUCUCCAACCAAAAUGCCCCCAACACUAUCACAGCGCACAACAUAAUCACAGUUCACUGCAGUUCAAACGUGUAACUCGAAACUCAUUUGCAAUUGUAACACAUUCCUAACAACAUGGUGCUGGCGCGCGCGAAGCCCGCCUAAAACGCGAACACAAUUCACUCAAUAACCGCGUAAACAAUGAGUGAACAUGCUGUAACAGCCGGUUUCGAACGUGAGCGCAAAUCGGACGUGAUCAAGACACAGCUGGAGACAAAAGUCCUCGACGAGAUCAACAAACGUUUGUCGACUGUCUUCACCAGCACGCCAACAGCGCAGCGUCGCAGCAUCAUGGAUCUCUCCUUUCUGAAAUGCUACGAACACGUCGUAGGUGCAGGUCUUCAAGCGCCUGACUCCGAUAGUGGAUACAUGUCGAACCCGCUGGAAGCUACACUUGAACACGCCGAGAAAGAAGCGACUAUGUUCAUUAACAAAUCACCACGAUUCAUAUCCGAAGAUGCGCUGCAAGAAAAGCCACCAAGUGUUAAAAAGACACAUAAUCAGGAUGUCUACCAAGAACACAUAAGUUAUUUUACUGCACUGCAAUCAGGAAGCAGUUCUAGCAGUGAGAAAAGUACAAUUCAUCCAAAACCAGCUUUAAAUUUAGUUCUUGAUGAUAUAGUGCCUGAAACUGAUGAGGAAAUCUCACCAAUCAUCAAAUUUGAUAAGCAGCCUGUAUUUGUGCAUCUAGAUGAUGAUUCAAAUGGCAGCAAUAAAGAAAAUAUCGCGUUUGAGAAGUCCAGUCAACAGAAAAUGGCGAAUGUCAAAAUGACGCCUAGGAAGUCACAAAAACGACGGCGAAGAUCCAGUUCGGCAACACCCACAAAGAAAUUCAUCAAUACUGUGAAUCCAGACAUCAGUCCAGAUUUAUUUGAUGAUGCUGAACCUCUUUGUGCUUUAAAUCAAUCAGUCGAGAGCAUAACUUCUGUCAAUACCGAGCAAUAUGUGCAGAAAAUUGAUUCGAUUCUCAUGAAAAAGAUCAACAAGUGUUUAUCAGGCGUGUUGCCGCCGCCGAGCUUUACAACAACUCAUGUUACAGUCGCGGAGAUGCUUGAAAAGCUCUACAGUGAUGAACACCAAGUGUUCUAUUGGAAUGCCAACAAUAUGAAGGAGAAAGAAGUCAUUAGCGAUGCUAAUUGCUCUGUAAAUGCUGUUAGGGAGACAAUUAUGGUCAAUUGUGAUUUGGAAAGCGCCCUUGUUAGACCCUGGCCGCACAUAUUACACGAUCGGUGUCAUGGUUUAAACUAUAAUCACAGCAAGGCGGCGGAAGACACUGAGGCGUUGUUAAUGCGCUACGGGCAGCGAUACGUCGGGGCUGAAACGCAGUCCAGUUGUACAGUAUUUGAAUCAGUCGCAAAUACACCAUCGAAACGUAAAGCGAAUCGUCUACGCUGGGUGAAUAAAUCACCAGGGAGAAGAUUGAGUCAUUUGGCACGGCGUAGGAUCACAUUUUCAAGUGCUAAUAUACAAGCAGCUAGUUCAUCGCAUUCCAGGCAGAUUAUGGUCGAUGCAAAACGAUUUGAAUUGUUAUCUCGUCGUGUAAGUCCACGCAAAACAAAAUCUCCACGAAAAUCCCCCCGGAAAGCUUUACGUCGAACGAAAAGCGUUCGAAAAACGCCGAGAAAAACCCCGUUGAAAAUCAUGCCGACGCCAAGUUCUUCAGCGAAAAAACGGCUGGCUUUCAAAGUGCUAGAUCAUGAGAACACAGCGCCAUCUACGUCUUCCGACUCUAUUGUUCCUUCGACAUCUUCUGCUGCAAUCCGAGCGAGCGCUACGAAACGUGCGCUGUUUCAAAGUCCUGAGAAGAAUAUUACUGUUACGAAAAUGUCGCGUAAUUCACUUCCAAGCACUUCGAAUGCAAGCGGAAGUCCUUGGAAGAAAUCUACACCGAAACGAGCGUUGUUUAUGUCACCUUCAAAGUCCAUGAAGGAUAAUGAUACUAAUAACAAAGAUUGUAAAAGAAAACGCUUAGAUUCGGACGAUGAUAGAGGCUUUCUGGGAUGUAAAUUUGCGCGGAGUAUUUCUCUGCAAAAUGAACAUCAAUCUGGGUCGAGAUUGAGUGGUGGUCAAGUGGAAAACACUGGGAGGGAUCAAGGGUUGAUGAGGGUGAAGAGUGAGUCUUUAUUGAAUGGAUCUGUUGUUGAAUUGAGUGAUCAUCAUAAAAAGAAAUUACAAUGGGCAGUAUAUGAAGCACUCCGCAGUGUGAAUAUCCGCAUGGAUCACGAGAAUUUCCGCCAGUACGCUUCGGUUUUAGCCCGGGUAACACGCCGAUUAUUACCGACAGUAGCCGCUUCCAAUGUUGGUACUUCUGAACGCAUGUUGCGCAUCACAAAACAACAUGUCUACUCAGUAAUCAAAGGUAAAACCAUGGAAGAAAUCAUCCGCAACUACGAAAACAAUCGCCUCAAACAACAGAGACCCUCAGGUUACAUCCGGAAAGAAGACGAGAUUAAACAAGAUGUCAGCAUUGCACGAAGCAAUGUUUUCCAAGACUGCGCCAAUACAAUUCAAGCUAGCACGGAGAAAAAGAAUAAACUAAACAAUGCAGUUGAGAAAAAGCCUUCGAUUGAGAAUAAAGUCGAUCGUGUUAAGAAAAUUAUUAAAUUUUAGGCACACGUCUGCAUAGAAUUAUGUAAUUUAGUCUAUUUUAAAUUACAAUCAAUGGAUUAAUGUUUGAAUUAUAAUUUAACUUGGCUUCUGGGGGAGAGUAAGAAUAAUUUGUACAAAUGAUAGUCAGUAGAUACAAUAUAUUUUAAAUAAAUGAGAUUUGAUAUGAUA